AUGUCGAACCCCGGGACGCGCAGGAAUGGCUCCAGCAUCAAGAUCCGUCUGACAGUAUUAUGUGCCAAGAAUCUUGCAAAGAAAGACUUCUUCAGACUCCCCGACCCCUUUGCAAAGAUUGUCGUUGACGGGUCUGGGCAGUGCCAUUCCACCGACACUGUGAAAAACACGUUGGACCCAAAGUGGAACCAGCACUAUGAUCUAUUUGUUGGGAAAACAGAUUCUGUAACCAUCAGUGUCUGGAACCACAAGAAGAUCCACAAGAAACAGGGAGCCGGCUUCCUGGGCUGCGUCCGGCUGCUGUCCAAUGCCAUCAGCCGACUGAAAGACACUGGGUACCAGCGUUUGGAUCUAUGCAAACUAAAUCCCUCAGAUACUGAUGCAGUUCGUGGCCAAAUAGUGGUCAGUUUACAGACACGAGACAGAAUCGGCACAGGCGGGUCCGUGGUGGACUGCAGGGGACUGCUGGAAAAUGAAGGAACCGUGUAUGAGGACUCUGGGCCCGGGCGGCCGCUCAGCUGCUUCAUGGAAGAGCCAGCCCCCUACACGGACAGCACGGGGGCUGCCGCCGGGGGAGGCAACUGCAGGUUUGCAGAGUCCCCAAGUCACGAUCAGAGGCUUCAGGUGCAGCGACUUCGGAAUCCUGAGGUCCGAGGGCCCCUGCAGACGCCACAGAACCGCCCACACGGCCACCAGUCACCCGAGCUGCCGGAGGGCUAUGAACAAAGAACCACAGUCCAGGGGCAAGUUUACUUUUUGCACACACAGACGGGCGUGAGCACCUGGCACGACCCCAGGAUACCCAGAGACCUUAACAGCGUGAACUGUGACGAACUCGGCCCUCUGCCGCCCGGCUGGGAAGUGAGAAGCACGGUUUCUGGGAGGAUAUAUUUUGUAGAUCACAAUAACCGGACAACCCAGUUUACAGACCCAAGGCUACACCACAUCAUGAAUCACCAGUGCCAGCUGAAGGAGCCAAGCCAGCCGCUGCCGCUGCCCAGCGAGGGCUCCUUGGAGGACGAGGAGCUGCCUGCGCAGAGAUACGAGCGGGAUCUCGUCCAGAAACUCAAAGUCCUCAGACACGAGCUCUCCCUGCAGCAACCCCAGGCUGGCCACUGCCGCCUUGAGGUGUCUCGAGAAGAGGUCUUUGAGGAGUCUUAUCGCCAGAUAAUGAAGAUGAGGCCCAAAGACUUGAAGAAACGACUCAUGGUGAAAUUCCGUGGAGAAGAAGGUUUAGAUUAUGGUGGCGUGGCCAGGGAGUGGCUUUACUUACUGUGCCAUGAGAUGCUGAACCCGUACUACGGCCUCUUCCAGUAUUCCACUGACAACAUUUAUAUGCUGCAGAUCAACGCGGACUCCUCCAUCAACCCCGACCACCUGUCUUACUUCCACUUUGUGGGCCGGAUCAUAGGCCUGGCGGUGUUCCAUGGCCACUACAUCAACGGGGGUUUCACAGUGCCCUUCUACAAGCAGCUGCUGGGGAAGCCCAUCCAGCUCUCGGACCUGGAGUCAGUGGACCCCGAGCUGCAUAAGAGCUUGGUGUGGAUUCUGGAGAAUGACAUCACCCCCGUGCUGGACCACACCUUCUGCGUGGAACACAGCGCCUUUGGGCGGAUCCUUCAGCAUGAGCUGAAACCCAACGGCAGGAACGUCCCCGUCACAGAAGAGAACAAGAAAGAAUAUGUCCGGUUGUAUGUGAACUGGAGGUUCAUGAGAGGAAUCGAAGCCCAGUUCCUGGCUCUGCAGAAGGGGUUCAAUGAGCUCAUCCCUCAACACCUACUGAAGCCUUUUGACCAGAAAGAGCUAGAGCUGAUCAUCGGUGGCCUGGACAAGAUAGACCUGAACGACUGGAAGUCCAACACGCGUCUGAAGCACUGUGCGGCUGACAGCAACGUUGUCCGCUGGUUCUGGCGUGCCGUGGAGGCCUUCGACGAGGACAGGAGGGCCCGGCUCCUGCAGUUCGUGACGGGGUCAACACGGGUGCCUCUCCAGGGCUUCAAGGCGCUGCAAGGUUCUACAGGCGCAGCAGGGCCCCGGCUCUUCACCAUCCACCUGAUAGACGCGAACACGGACAACCUGCCGAAGGCCCACACCUGCUUCAACCGGAUCGAUAUCCCCCCGUAUGAGUCCUACGAGAAGCUGUAUGAGAAGCUGCUGACGGCCGUGGAGGAGACCUGUGGGUUUGCUGUGGAGUGA